AUGGAUAAUGCCUCAGCUAAUAACUCAGCUUUGGGAUAUCUUAAAAGACAUUUGAGGAGUUGGAAGGACUUACUUUGUGAUGGUGAUUAUCUACAAUUAAGAUGUUGUGCACAUGUCCUAAAUUUGAUUGUUAAUGAAGGUAUUAAAGAAAUGAAAGACAGCUUUGAAGCCAUUCGAAGUGCUGUUAGAUAUAUUCGUUCUUCUCCUUCACACUCCCUAAGAUUCAAAACUUGGGCUGAAGCUGAAAAAAUAAACACUAAAAGCCUUGUUUGCCUUGAUGUAUCCACUCGAUGGAAUUCAACAUACUUAAUGUUAGAAGCUGCAAUGAAGUUUCAAAAAGUGUUUGAGCGGAUGCAUGAUGAAGAUGAUGACUGUAUUUCAUACUUUAGCUCAAGCACCUCAAGCUCUAGGCGUGAGGCUUCUAGUUUUGCUAGGCGUGAGCAUGAUGGUACUAGAUGUGACCAAGAUAAUUUUUCUGGUCCUGUUAUUGAUGAUUGGAAUAAUGCUCAAAUUUUCAUCAAAUUCUUGAAGGUCUUCUAUGACAUAACAUUGAAAUUUUCAAGCUCCCUUUCUAUAUUAGCAAAUGAAUGUUUCCACCAGAUUGCUCGGGUUCAGAAAAUGCUGCAAAGGAAUAUCACAAAUAAUGCUAAUAGCUUCUUAAGAGAAAUGAGCACUAGCAUGCAGGUGAAGUAUGACAAGUAUUGGGAUCAAGCAGAAAAUAUGAAUCCAUUGCUUUUUGUGGCUGUCAUUUUGGACCCUCGGUAUAAACUAGCAUAUGUGAAUCAUAUGUUUGAUCUUCUUUACGUUGAUGCUAAAGUAUCCUUGAUUAUGAAGGAGAGGGUCAAAGAUUGUUUGUAUCGGUCGUUUAAUGAGUACUCUGCUGGGGUUUCUAUUGACUCAGGGACUGCCUCCACAAGUACAGCAGGUGCAACUUCAUUGCCUUCUUUUGAUGAUGAUGAUGGUGGUGGUGGUGAAGAGGAUCCAGGUUAUAAGUGGUUAGAAUCUAUGAAACAAAGAACCUCAACAGAUCCUCAAACUGAGUUAGAUAGAUAUAUAGCAACUGACCCGAGAGAUGAAAUCCCUUCUGCAGCUGAGUUUGACAUAUUGUUAUGA